AUGCAUCUCCCACUCUUUUCUGUCCCAUUUCAAUCAGCCUUGUUAUGGUCGAAAGGAGCGUACGGUGCCUGUCAGCCUAUCUCUCCCGUUCACACACUUGAUGAGAUACAUAAUAUUUACUUGUAUUCUCAUGUGUCACACACACUGAUGCCAAAUGAGGAUCGAACUGAUGAUGAGUGGAUUAAAUUUUUACAUCAUCUUCCCUCGGUGACAACAGGCAUUGCACUCUACACUUUAUCUAUCUAUCUAUCGAUCGAUCUAUCUAUUUCACUAUCUGUUCAUAUCUAUCUACCAAUCGAUCUUUUCUUUUCUAUUUGUUCAUCGUUCUCUCUAUCUAUUUAUGCAAAAAUCUGUUCAUGUAUCUAUUUCAGUCUUUUCUUUUCUAUCUAUCCAUCUAUCUAUGCAAAUCUGUUAUCUAUCUAUCUAUCUAUCUAUCUAUCUAUCUAUCUAUCUAUCUAUCUAUCUAUCUAUCUCAUUCUCUUCAUAUCUAUUUAA